AUGUCCACCUCACUCCCCACCAAAUCAUCCAACGCGCUGCUCUCGGUCAACUUCAAUCAGGACCACUCGUGCAUCGCCGUCGGCACGCGCGAUGGCUACUCGAUCACCAACUGCGAACCCUUCGGUCGCGUCUACACCAACGCCUCGGGCCCUACGUCGCUCGUCGAGAUGCUCUUCUGUACGUCGCUCGUCGCGCUCGUAGCGACAUCGGAUACGGAUCCCAAGAGCAACGCUUCGCCGCGACGACUGCAGAUCGUCAAUACGAAGCGACAGUCGGUCAUCUGCGAACUGCUAUUCCCCACAGCGAUACUGGGGGUGAAGUUGAACAGGAGACGAUUGGUGGUGGUGUUGGAGCAGGAGAUUUACAUCUACGACAUCAGCAAUAUGAAGUUGCUGCAUACCAUCGAGACCAGUCCGAAUCCCAUGGCCAUCUGCGCACUAAGCCCCAGCUCGGAGAAUUGCUAUCUGGCGUACCCUUCACCGGUGGCUAGUCCGACGAGUCCCUUCGCUACAGGGGGUGAUGCAGGGACAGGCGCUGCAGCAGGCGGGAGCGAGUCUUCGGCGGGAGACGUGUUGAUCUUCGACCUGCUCUCGUUGAGCGUCACCAACGUGAUUCAAGCGCACAAGACUCCGAUCAGUGCAUUAGCGCUCAACUCCACCGGAACGCUAUUGGCGACAGCGAGCGACAAGGGCACGGUGAUUCGAGUGUUCAGUGUACCCGCAGCGCAAAAGGUGCACCAGUUCAGGAGGGGUAGCUACGCGGCCAAGAUCUACAGCUUGAACUUCAACAGCGUCAGUACGCUGCUCGCGGUGAGCAGCGAUACGGAGACGGUGCACAUCUUCAAGCUUUCCAGCGGCAGUAAAGGACGAGCGAACAGUGGCGGUGAUGUGAGUCCGAGCAUCAGCAGUUUCGACGGUUCCGAGUCGUCCUCCCCGCCAACGCGCGGGUACGAGUCGUUCACCAAGCCCAAGUCGGCCAAAUCGAGUCUCGGCGGAACACUGCGCAGGAGGAGCAUGGCUCUGGGUCGUGGGCUGUCCGGGUCGGUAGGCGGGUAUCUGCCCAACAGUCUCACCGAGAUGUGGGAGCCCAGCCGCGAUUUCGCGUUCUUGAAGCUGCCCAGUCAGGGGGUGAGCAGUGUCGUGGCGUUGAGCAGUACGACACCGCAUGUGAUGGUGGUGACGAGCGAAGGGUAUUUCUACAGCUAUGGGAUCGAUCUCGAGAAUGGAGGCGAGUGCGUGUUGAUGAAGCAGUAUAGUUUGUUGGAUGCGGGUGGGGAGGAGGGGAGUGGUGCGGGGAGAGCCGAGGGUGGGAGGGGGGAGAAUGGCGAUUGA